AUGGCGCAAGCAGCAAAUGAACACGAAGGCCCUCUUCAAGCAGAUGAUACUGCGUCUUUGAGUCAUGAUUCUGCAUUGGCUGGUUCACUUGAGUCAGGAAGUUAUCUGACUUCCCUCAACUCCAGCGUCUUGAACUACAAAUACGAAAAUGGACGACGAUAUCAUGCAUUCCGCGAAGGCGCGUACCUAGUUCCCAACGAUGACGAAGAACAAGAUAGAAUGGAUUUGGGCCAUCAUAUCUACCGUCUUGGCCUCGGCGGCGAUCUCUUCCUCGCGCCUAUUGGCGAUAAAGUCAAGCGAGUCCUUGACCUUGGCACAGGAACAGGAAUCUGGGCCAUGGACUUUGCCGACGAAUAUCCCGAAGCCGAAGUCCUCGGCACCGAUCUAAGCCCAAUCCAACCCCCAUGGACCCCGCCAAACUGCCUCUUCGAAGUCGAUGACUUCGAAUCAGACUGGCUCUUCCGCCAACCCUUCGACUUUAUCCACGCGCGCGAACUAGAAGGCUGCAUCAGCAACAACGCGUAG